AUGAAAGGCAACUUGUUCGUUGAGCAAAAUGUCGAAACGGAAAAGAUUUCUGAAAAUAAACUCAACAUAAACACGGACAAAAUUAUUCAUAAAAUAAAAAAAAAAAUACGAAAAAAACAAGAAAACGGUCAUAAUCCAAACAUAAAUCUAUUACCAAAUAAUAAAGAAAUAUUACUGUCCAAAGAUUUUCCAAAUCCCAAAAAUAUUAAAAAUAAAAAAAUAAAAAAAAAACUAUCAACAGAUGUUAAACUUGCAAUAUUAUCAUCAAAAAAAAUUAUAUCAAAUGCUCAAUUUAAUAACAUAAAUGAUCAGGGUUAUAUUAAAUUGACUAGCCAAAAAAAUGAAAAAAAUAUUGAAAAAAAAAAUAUAUCUCAUAUUCAAAAUAUCUCAAAAGAUGCUACAAAUGAAGGCCUCAUUAACUUAAGCAAACAAAAAGGAGAGCUAAAGAUAGUAGAAUCUAAAACAUUAAAAAAUGAAAAUUUUUUCCGAAAUGAUUCAAUAAAAAUUACUCAAAAAUAUAUAUAUGAAAAUGCAGAUGUAGGAACACAAAAAAAAGUCUUUGAUCUACAUCUAAAUAUGGGUCCAUAUACAUGUAAUUAUUCUAGAAAUGGAAAAUAUUUAUUAAUAACUGGCGAAAAAGGACAUAUAAGUUUUUUAGACACACAUAAUAUGGAAACAUUAUGUGAAUUACAAGUAAAUGAAACAGUUAAAUGUAAUACGAUUUUUCAUAAUCAUAAAUUGUUUGCAAUUGGACAAAAAAAAUAUAUUUAUAUUUAUGAUAACACUGGAAUUGAAGUAAAUUGUAUAAAAGAUAUUUUAUAUCCAUGUCAAUUAGAAUUUUUACCAUAUCAUUUCUUACUUGCAUCUAUUGGCGAUUUAGGGGAAUUAGUAUAUCAAGAUGUAUCAGUUGGUAAUAUUAUUACAAGAAAAAAAACAAAAAGAGGACCAUGUUCUAUAAUGAAACAAAAUAAACAAAAUGCAAUUAUAUAUUUAGGUCAUAAAAAUGGGCAUGUUACAUUAUGGUCCCCAAAUAUGGAUAAAAGCUUAUGUGAUAUAUUUUCUCAUAAAACAGCUAUAUCAUCUAUUGGGGUAUUUGACAAUUAUUUAAUUACAGCUGGUAUUGAUUGUACAUAUAAAUUAUGGGAUAUUAGAAAACUUGAAUAUAUAAAUUCUUUUAAAUCACAUAAUAUUAUAAACAAUAUAGAUAUUAGUGAUACAUCUAUGGUUGCAUUUAGUAUGAAUAGUCAUUUUAGGACUUAUAAAAAUUUUUUUACAAAACCAGAAUUAUAUUUAACUCAUAAUACAUGGGGCGAUAGAAUAAAUUCAAUAACUUUUCAACCAUUUGAAGAUAUAUGUUGUGCAGGUUUAAAAUAUUCUAUCAAAUCUUUUAUUGUUCCAGGGUCUGGAUUAGCUAAUAUAGAUACCUUUGUUAAUAAUCCUUAUGAAACUAAAAAACAAACUAAAGAAAAUGAAAUUCGGCAAUUACUUGAUAAAUUACCUCCUGAAACUAUUCAGUUCAGACAAAAUGAAAUUGGAAAAGUUAAUCCACAUCUUUCCCACGAUAAUAUCAAAAAAAAUAUAUUAUCUGAACAAGUUACUACUAUUAAUACUGUACGCUCAAAAAAUAAAAAUAUUUCACUUAAUAGACAUGAAAAGCACAAAAAUCCAAAAAAAUCCAAAGUACAAUUUUCCAAACACAUACCAACAUAUCCAAAUAAUAAAAAAAAUGAAAAAAAAAAAAAAAAUAAAAAUAAAAAUAAAAAUAAAAAAAAUCAAAUCGUAAAUAAAAAGAGUGAACAUAGAACACCAUGA